UCUCCAACGAGAAGCCGCGACCGAGCAACGAGGAACGGAGCCCCGCGACGGCGUUGCGACGGUGUCGGCGGCGUGCGCGUGUGCAACCGAGGAUCGAGGGCUCCUCAGUGACCAUCCCCCCAGUGAGCCACCGGCCGGCCCAGUCCCAGUGGACUGCCCCGGGCACUCGUUGUCCUCCAGGAAGCGCCCCGCGGCUCCGCGUCGAAUCGCCGGCCUGACUCACGGCUCUGCCGGACCGCCGGCCUGACACGCUUGGCGUGGGGCAGUGCUGCGCAGUGCCCAGUGCAGCCCGGAGGAUGCGUUCCGGGCCUACGGUGCGAUCAAGAUAACUGCAACCCGGCAGCCGCAAGGAAGAGAGAAAGAGGGAGGGGCGUGAUUCGCAGUGUCGCAGAGUGCCGCCGCCAGCAUGGGGUGUGACGGAUACGCCGUGCUCAAGGGGCUGGAGUUGGUGACGGCCAUCGUGUGCAUGGUGUACAAGCGCGUCUCCGACUGGGAGGCCUUCCAGAUCUUCUUCCUGCGCCAGAAGUUCUCGGACGAGUGGCCGCUGCUCAACACGGUGACGUGGGACAAGAACGGCUCCAUCUUCGCGGACAUCACCUACGGCGCCUUCGUCAUCGCCACGGCCGCCCUGCUGCUGGGCUACCUGGCCGGCCAGCUGGACAGGGCCAAAGUGCUGGAGAACUUCCUGCUGGGCCUCGGCGCGCUCAUGUUCCUGGCGGCCGGCUCGCUGGAGCUGGCGGCGCUGGACCAGGUGCCGCAGCACCUCGUCAAGAACGCCGCCGUGCUGGGCGUGCUGUCGCUGUUCGGCGGCCUGCUCUUCAUCCUGGACCUGCUGCUGGGCAACCGUCGGCGCAAGCGCGGCGCGGCCAAGCCCGUCAUGGCGGCCAAGGACCACCGCAACGGCCACGUCAACGGCGCCGCCACCUUGCAGGCCGAGGAGAAGGCCGCCCUCAAGGCCAUGGAGGCCGGCGAGACGCACAUCAAGCUGCCGUCUGGAGUGCAGCGCGGCCCCGAGAACCACGAAGCCGUGGUGGGCCAGCUGCGCGCCUCGCUCAAGGACGGCAAGGAGCACGACGAGGUGGACGCCAGCGCCACCGCGCCGCCCAUGACCCCCAAGAAGGAGGCGGAGCGGCCCACGGCCACGGCCAACGGCGUGGACCGCGGCCACCACCUCAAGUCCAGCCUGAAGCGCGCGGGCGACGCGGAGCGCGGCUGGCGGCGCGAACGCGAAGACGAACCGCACGGCCCGCUGCACCUGCAGAGCCAGAAAGUGAGCUCCAGCACCAAGGCGCAGGGGCUGCGCUUCCAGGCCGACAAGGCCGACAAGGCCGACACGGCGGACAGCGACUCCGACUCCCUGCACAUCCCCAGCGUGUCCUUCCUGCUGGCCGAGCGCGACAAGAACGGCGACCGCGAGCGGGAGCGUGAGCGUGAGAGGGAGCGCGAGCGCGAGCGCGAACGUGAACGCGAGCGUGAACGAGAGCGAGAGCGCGAACGAGAACGCGAGCGACACUACCCGGAGCGAGACCGGGAGCGCGAGCGAGAGCGCGAGCGGGAGCGUGAUCGCGAACGGGAACGUGAACGCGAACGCGAACGAGAACGCGAACGAGAACGUGAAAAAGAGCGGGAACGUGAGCGCGAGCGGUUCGAGCGUGACGAGAGCCGCAGCCGGUACACGUCGGGCGCCACGUCCCCGGACGGCUCCGUGUUCACCGAGGCCAGCGGCAACGGCAACUCCCGGCGCUACUUCUACAGCGACCUGCCGGCGGAGCGCGGCGCCACCCCGCACCGCGCCGCCUCCAUGGACGACCUGGAGCGCGACUACUACCGCGGCGCCGAGGACUCGCGCGACUUCCUGGAGAUCGAGAGGAUGUACCGCAUCCAGCGCUACGGCAAGCAGAGCAUGUCCACGCGCUCGGUGCCCAGCGGCGCGCUGCCACCGACAGUAUUUAAUUUGAAGUCCAUUGAUGGUCUGUCUGCACCAUUAGAAUAA